AUUUCUUCGUGGUUUUCAAAUCCUUCCAACUUCUACAAUAAACUGUUUACAGGUGAUUUCUUCUUCCAUUUCUGAACCAGCCUAACCAAUCUUGGUACCAAUGGCGGCCCUCGUUCCUCCUCCAGUCUCGCCGGCCGCGGCGGAAGCGAUCAAGCCGGAGAAAGUCGAUUACAUGGACCUGCCGACCCCUAUUCCUUACGAAGAAAUCCACCGGGAAGCCCUCAUGUCCUUAAAGCCUGAACAUUUCGAGGGGAUGCGUGUUGAUUUUACCAAAGGACUGAAUCAGAGGUUCUCACUGAGUCACAGUAUUAUCAUGGGACCCACCGAGAUUCCUUCUCAAUCCGCUGAAACAAUUAAAAUUCCUACUGCACACUAUGAGUUUGGUGCUAACUUCAUAGAUCCAAAGUUGAUGCUUUUCGGAAGGGUCUUGACCGAUGGGCGGGUUAACGCCAGAGUGAAAUGUGACUUGUCUGAGAAUCUUAGCAUGAAGGCCAAUGCUCAGCUUACAAGUGAGCCGCACAUGUCGCAUGGGAUGGUUAACUUUGACUACAAGGGUACCGACUAUAGGGCUCAAUUUCAACUAGGAAAUGGUGCCUUACUCGGAGCUAGUUAUAUACAGAGUGUGACCCCUAAUCUGUCCUUGGGCGGGGAAGUAUUCUGGGCUGGUCAGCAUCGUAAGUCUGGUCUUGGUUAUGCUGCCCGAUACAACACAGAUAAAAUGGUUGCUGCAGGACAAGUUGCUAGCACUGGAAUGGUGGCUCUUAGCUAUGUUCAGAAAGUGUCUGAAAAGGUUUCUUUGGCAUCUGAUUUGAUGUACAAUUACAUGUCAAGAGACGUCACUGCCAGCUUUGGCUAUGAUUAUAUCCUUCGCCAGUGUCGGCUUAGGGGCAAGAUCGACUCAAAUGGCUGCACAUCGGCUUUUCUUGAAGAAAGGUUGAAUAUGGGUCUCAAUUUUAUUCUUUCUGCUGAGAUCGACCACAUGAAGAAAGACUACAAGUUUGGGUUUGGAUUGACGGUUGGAGAAUAGGGAGAAGCAGCAGCAACGCGGGAUGCAGAAUCUACUCAUUGUUUCAAGUGAGUCAGCUUGUCAUACGAGACUGAUUAAAUUUUUUUCAUCUUACGGACAAUUUUGUACCUUUUUUGAGCAAUAUUGUUUGUGGCGGCAGUUCCAAAUGCAUGGAACAGUUUAGAGCAGCAUUCGUAGACGUUAAAUUUUGCAGUUUGGAGAUAUAAUUCAAUAUAAUUGUGGUUUCAGCCGUUUGUAUGGAUCAUAAUAAGGAUCAAUUUGCAUUGUUAGCGUAA